AUGGCUCUGAGGGGACCCCGCCCGGUGCUCCUGCUGCCCCUCGUCCUGCUGGCUGCCUGCCUGGUCCUGACCAGUGGGCAGCCAUGGAUCGAGCCAAACUUCAUGUUCCUUAGGAAGCAUGUAGAUUAUCCAAAGACUAAUGCCCCCAAUGCCAAUGCCUACUGUAACAAGAUGAUGCAGAUUCGGGGAAUAUAUGGGAAGCCAGUCAACACCUUCAUUCACGAGCCCGUCUCAAAAAUAAACAGCAUCUGCAAGGAGGGUGGGACACCCAAAAUAGGUGGCCUGCAUGAGAGCAAAGUUGAAUUCAGGAUCACUCAGUGCGUAUUUGAGCCUGACCCACUGUCAAUCUCUUACAUCGGGAUAGUGAAGAAGUGGAAAAUUAUCAUUGGCUGCUGA